GUAUUUUUCUUCUUCUCGUGACUGGAGAGAGAGAGAGAGAGAGAGAGAGAGAGAGCUGCUCCUUUCAUUCGGUGGAGGAAGGUGCAAAAGAAAACCCAUGGACUCGCUUUUCCUCACAGACGCUCUUCUCCUUUCUCGUCUCAGCCAUUCUUCCACUCCCUCUUCCGCCCUUCGCCGCAUGCCCUUCCUCUCUGCCCGUGGCCAAGCUCCCACAGCCGUCCAUCGUCUCAUCUUUCGAUCCGUUGAUGCAUCAGAGCACGCUGCAAGAUACCGCUGGCCCUCUACCACAGCCAGGAGCAGCGCAUUGACGGCCAAUUCGAUACCGCCUAAGAAUGCAGUAUAUACAGUGGGUGAUUUUAUGACGAAAAAAGAGGAUCUGCAUGUGGUAAAGCCUACAACUACUGUCGACGAAGCACUAGAGGAUCUUGUGGAACACAGAAUUACUGGUUUUCCUGUAAUUGAUGAUGACUGGAAACUGGUUGGAUUAGUUUCAGAUUAUGAUUUGUUAGCAUUGGACUCCAUAUCAGGUAGCGGACGGAAUGAUACAAGCUUAUUUCCAGAAGUUGAUAGCACUUGGAAAACGUUUAAUGAGAUACAAAAGUUGCUCAGUAAAACCAACGGGAAAGUCAUAGGCGAGGUGAUGACACCUGCACCUCUUGUUGUCCGCGAGACCACAAACCUCGAAGAUGCUGCAAGAUUAUUGCUCGAAACAAAGUACCGACGACUUCCAGUUGUAGACAGUGCUGGAAAGCUGGUUGGGAUUAUCACAAGGGGAAACGUGGUUAGAGCUGCCCUUCAUAUAAAACGUGAAACCGAAAAGAUGAACGGAACAUAAAGACUGAGCAGUUUCUUCUGUCAAGUUCGAUUCUUCACAUCAUCUUCCAAGAUACUUUUCCUCAAUGCAGCUUGUUGUCCAAGUAUUUCGUUAGGCCAACUACAAGGCAGCUGGCGGAGAAGAGGUCUUGGGUCUACUACAUCCUAGCUAUAUAUAUACAUGAAAGCUGUUAUGAUUUUGCUAAUGUAUGAUUUCAAUCUUGUGCUUUGCCUACAUAAAGCGGAAUUUUUUAAUUUACCGAAACUAUUGUUUAGAGGCAGAAAAACUCAUUGCUGGCACAAUAUUGCUGAAUGUAGAUGAAAUGAUGAAAUCUUUGAUGCUAUAUUGGUGCACCCUACUUUUCUCUAGAGAAUAUUUUCAAGGUGAUUUAUUAAAUCAAGGUUGUUUGAUUUCUAUUCA